AUGCAGUUAUCAUGGAAGGAUAUACCGCCAGUGCCAACAUCCAACGAUAUGUUGGAUAUAAUAUUGAACCGUACUCAAAGAAAAACUCCCACAGUCAUUAGACCAGGAUUUAAAAUCACUCGUAUUCGUGCUUUUUACAUGAGAAAGGUCAAAUUUACUGGUGAAGGUUUUGUUGAGAAACUUAAUGACUUGUUGAGUGGAUUCCCUAACAUUAAUGAUGUUCAUCCUUUCCAUCGUGAUUUAAUGGACACGUUGUAUGAAAAGAAUCAUUAUAAAGUUUCGUUAGCUGCUGUCUCCAAGGCCAAGACUUUAAUUGAACAAGUGAGUAGAGAUUACGUGCGUCUUUUGAAGUUUGGUCAAUCUUUGUACCAGUGCAAACAAUUGAAAAGGGCCGCCUUGGGUCGUAUGGCUACCAUAACUAAAAAGUUGAAGGAUCCAUUUAUCUAUUUGGAACAAGUGAGACAACAUUUGGGAAGAUUGCCUAGUAUUGAUCCAAACACUCGUACUUUGUUGAUUUGUGGGUAUCCAAAUGUCGGUAAGUCCUCAUUUUUGAAAUGUAUUACCAAGGCUGAUGUUGAAGUUCAGCCCUAUGCCUUCACUACGAAAUCAUUGUAUGUGGGUCACUUUGAUUAUAAAUAUCUCAGAUUCCAAGCGAUUGACACGCCAGGUAUUUUAGACCGUCCAACUGAAGAGAUGAACAACAUUGAAAUGCAGAGUAUAUAUGCUAUUGCUCAUUUGAGGUCAUGUGUGUUGUACUUUAUGGAUUUGAGUGAACAGUGUGGAUUUUCAAUUGAAGCUCAGGUUAAAUUAUUCCAUUCUAUUAAGCCUUUGUUUGCAAAUAAAUCGGUGAUGGUUGUAAUGAACAAGUCAGAUAUCAUUAAAGUUGAAGAUUUAGACACUGAAAAGCAAGAAAUGUUGGAAACUUUGAAAACAGUUCCUGGAGUUGAGAUUAUGCACACAUCAUGCUAUGAGGAAGAAAAUGUUAUGCAAGUGCGUAACCAUGCUUGUGAAAAGUUGUUAACUGCUAGAAUCGAACAGAAAUUGAAGGGAACUGCUAGAGUUAACAACGUCUUGAAUAAAAUUCACGUUGCCCAACCACAACAAAGAGAUGAUGUCGAAAGGUUACCUCACAUACCAGAAGGAGCUAAAGAUGUACUCAAAUACGAUCCAAAUGAUCCAAACAGAAGAAAAUUGGCUAGAGACUAUGAAGCUGAAAAUGGUGGAGCCGGUGUCUUCAAUAUCAAUUUGAAAGACAAGUAUAUAUUGGAUGACGACGAGUGGAAACAAGAUACCAUGCCUGAAUUAUUGGACGGUAAGAAUGUUUAUGAUUAUUUAGAUCCAGAUAUUGCAGCCAAGUUGCAAGCAUUGGAAGAAGAAGAAGAGAGAUUGGAACAAGAAGGAUUCUACGAUUCAGAUGAUGAAACUAAUGAUGCCAAUAUGGACAUGGAUGAAGACGAAAUACAAGAUAUCAAAGAUAAAGCGCAAUGGAUUAGAAACAAGCAAAAGACAAUGAUAAUCGAAGGUAGAAAUAGAAAGUCGUUGAAGAACAAGGCCGUUAUGCCAAGGGACCAAGUUAAGAAAUCAUUUGGUGAUUUGGAAGAGCAUAUGUACAAUAUCGGUCAUGAUACUGAUAAAUUGCGUGACGCCAUUGGUAAAAAGAGAAGGUCCAACGAUGGAGGUAAAGCGUCAGGAGUUGACAUAUUAAGACAAAACCAAGGUAUUAAAGCAAGAAAAUUGGCCAAGAAGAAACAAGCAGCUUCGCAAUCAGAUAGAUUGAAUGAUGGUGUAAGUGAUGGAGCAAUGAGAUCACAAGCUGAAAGAUUAGCAAAGAUACAAAGAAGAGAAAGAAACAGAAUGGCAAGACAAGGUGAAGGUGAUAGACACUCAACUGCUGCUUUGCCUAAACAUUUGUUCAGUGGUAAGAGGGGUAUCGGAUCAAGUGAUCGUCGUUAG